AUGGGCAAGCGGAAGUCGGCGAGGUCCAAGGCGCCACCGCGGAAGAAGGUGGAGAAGCUGGAGACGGCCUUCUGCUGCCCCUUCUGCAGCCACGCCGCCGCCGUCGAGUGCACCAUCGAGGUCCCGAACAAGAUCGCCACGGCGUCGUGCUACGUCUGCCUGGAGAGCUACUCCACCGUGCCGGACGCCCUCACCGAGCCCAUCGACGUCUACAGCGAGUGGAUCGACGAGUGUGAGCGCGUCAACGACGACGCACGCCGUCGCGCCAGGAUGAUGCGUGGUGACCACCGUCCUGCGGUUUGUAAGCUUUUCCGCUGUACUUGCGCGGCCAAUGUGCGGCGGCGGUUCAGAUAG